AUGUUUGGAAAGAGGAUAUUACAAUUAGGAUUUACUGUAACGGUGCUUGUAAACGUACAUAGUUCAGUUGACGAGAGUUCGAGUGCAAAUGUAAAAUGUCAAUUUGGUAAAACUCUACGAAAGCAAGUAAAUGCAGAACCGCUUAAUGGAACCUGUUUGCGAGAUAUCAUAAUUCGACUGUCGAACGAGUUUCGGUCAAUUACUGAUGCAGAACUUGGUUUAAAACCAUUUCAAAAGAUGCUUAAUGAAAUGGAAUUUAUGAAUGUCUCGAGUAGUUUGAACACGAGGUUGAAUUUAUUGGUAGAUAAAUUGAAUAACAAGUUGUUGUCCUAUGCAGAACUUCUAAAGCAGAGCUAUAAUAUUAUACAACCAAUUUUAGCAAAAAAUGAAAAUCAGUUUGAUUAUUCUGAAUCUACAAAUGGAUUAGACAUAGUAUCGAAUGGAUUAGCAGAUUUCUGUUCCCAAAUUGUGCAAGAAUUGGCACUUCAUUUAAGAAAUCAAGAAUGGAAGAACUUACAUCUAUUACCUUUUAUGUAUCCAGUUACUAUGUGUGGUCCACCUAGUGCAGGCCAUAAUAUAGGACCUCUUUUAUUGUCUCAAUAUUGUCCAAAAAAGAAUGUAUUAUUACUGCUUGAGCAUGCUAUGUUUAUGUCUGAAGGAGAUAUUACUUUAGCUCAAAUAACUGCAGAGACAAUAAUCGAUAUGUUGUCUCAUACAGAUUAUAUUAAUGUCAUUGGUCUUUCUAGUAAUAAUUCUAUUCAUUGCAAGGAUGGUUUAUUGAGAGCCACAGAUGUUAAUAAGUUUCAAUUAGCACGUUAUAUUCACAGUUUAACUAGAAUAGAAACAAAUAAUACCAUUGAAUUUGAUUUUAACAAGUUACUUCAACAUGUAAAGGGUGAAGUAGUAUUUAUACAUUUGACUAAUACACUUAAGCUCACUUCACAUUUGAGAAAAAUAAGAAACAUGGUUUCUACAGGGAAAAUAAAUGGCUAUGUAAGAACAAUAUUAAUUCUUUCAGAUCAGGAAUCACAUUCAAACACUAAGGAAUACAAUGAUAGUAUUCUAACUCUCCCAACACAAAAUAUACUUGGCUUUGAAGUGUCAAAAUUAUUUUCCAAUUUGAGAUGUUCUGAGGAACAUAAGAAAGAUUAUUACUUAUCUGAUCCAUAUUUUGAUUUGUAUAGUAAAACAAUGACUCUGUCUAUUGGCCAUAUUACAAAUAAAGCAUUAAUAUCCUUAGAUAUUAAAUUGCGAAAUUUCCUUGAUGAUAUAACAUAUUUUAAUGCUGGUAUGCAUGUAUAUGCUAUAUUAUUUGAUAAUAAAGGUAUAGUUUGGAUUCACAAAGACUUUCCACGAAUGGAAAUGAUGAUGGAUCAACCUCUCAAAGUUAAUUUACAUCACAUAGAAAAUAUUAGUCCUGAAACUGUAAGAACAAUGGUUGAAAAAUAUGAAGGUGCCAUAAAUGUGAAGACACAAUUAGGAGAUCAGAAAUGGUAUAGAUGGAAACAUUUGACAUAUAGAGAUUUAAUAUUAUGUCUAGUAUCAAAAACUAAUGAAAGCAUAUUACCUGUUGCAAAAUUAGUGCCCACAUUGUCAAUGAAUAUUUUACAUCAUCGUCUUGAUCUUUUAAUGCAUAGUAUUGCUGAUAAAGACAUUCUAUGUACUUAUCACAACAAACUUUCGACUUUGUCAGCAGGAGUGGUCUACCUUUCUCCAUGGUGUUUUCAGUCACCAAUGGAUCAACUUAAAUUACUAGAAACUGGAUCUGCUAUUACAAUGCAGAGUUAUAUGGCGUAUUUGAAGGAUUUAACAGGAUUAUUAGCUAAUCCUGGUUUGCAUCAAUCUGUUAGGCCAGAUGUUGCUAUGUUGACUCAAAUGUUGGGUUAUUUUAAAGGCAGGCAUAUAGAAAGUGCUUUAAAUAAAUUUAUAAUAAGAAGAUACAUUGUUGGAGUUGUAAGUGGAGUAUUAGAGAUAUAUCCAGGAAUUAUGCUUGAUUCUGGUUUCGAUCCUAAGAGAAGAAUAUGGUAUAAAAAAUCACUGGAGCAUCCUGGAAAAUUAGUUUUUACAUCUCCAUAUUUGGGUGCUGGUGGUUCUGGAUAUGUUGUUACUUUAAGUCACAUGGUUCAUCAUAAUUUAGAUGCAACUACAGAAGAUGACGCUGUUGCAAUCAUAUCUAUGGAUGUAGCAUUAGGUUUUAUUUCAAGACUUCUGAAAGAAAUGUUUCCAUUUUGUAAUAAUUUAACGCUAAAAUGUUUCUUAAUGGAUGAUAAAGGAUAUUUAGUAUCGCAUCCUGCAUUAUUAGAACCAACUGGUAAAAUUGAACAACAACAUUUGACUCAUAAAGAAUUGUUAGUUGCAAACGAUAUAUUAAAUCACGAACUUUUUGUGAAGAAAAAAGCUUGCGCAAAUUACUUAGAUGGUACUGUGCAAAGGUACUAUCAAUUUAAUACUUCACUCAAUGAGGUUCUUACGAACAUAGUUCAUGGUGAACAUUGUGUUAAGUAUCAAGUAGCUGCAGUACCAGGAACAAAUGUAUUUUUAGGGAUAGUUAAUGUGACUUGCAAUUUAUUAAGAGCUUUUUGUCCAUGCAGUACAAUGGAUCGCUCGUGCUUAAACUGCAAAAGAAUGGAACAGACUGAAUGUGAAUGUCCAUGUGAAUGUGCUUUAUAUUACUCGAAUUGCGCGGAAUAUACUAUAAACGAUAUGAAUGAUCUCGAACCUUGUUCGAUACCAUACGAACAAGGGGGAAAUUCGCAAAUGCCUUGGAUACAAUCCGCGAAUUUGAAAACGUGUCCGUCCAUUGAUUGUAAAAUGUUCAAAAUAGAAAAUGAAUGUUUAGGAAUUGUAGGCUGUCAAUGGUGUCAUCUAGACAAUGAUGGAGAAACACCACUGCAAGCACCGUUUUGUGGCGAUAUGUCUGGAUGCUUUCGAGGUAUUCUUGGAUCUUUUAUGCCACUUAGUGAUGGCACAUACAAUUCUCAGUCAACGGAAGAAAUUGCAGUACGCGAAUGGCCAUCUGUUGGACCUGUAGCGGGUGGAAUAUUAGCAUUUCUUUUGAUAUUAGGUGUAAUACUAUUUUGUUAUAGACUUCGAUCUGUACAAUCUAGUUUAGAACAUCAGUGUUUACAUAUACAUACGUCCCCUGAUAUGCUGCGUAUGACGCAUUUAGAAGGUGAUGUGGAACCUAUGGAAUUGGAGCAAACAAAAAAUAAUUUAGAUUCUCUUAUAAGAGAUGGUAUUACCCCUAUAUCGCCAUAUAAGGUAUCCACAAAUUAUAGAAAACCACCUGGUGGUGAUAGUGAUCAUGGAUACAGUACGAUGACACCUCAUGACGAUUCUGAACAACAAAUAUUUGCUGAACCACUAUUAGUAGUUGGUACUAAUACCGAAUCUGAUUUAAGAAGACAAUCCACUUGUCUUCCAUCUCCAACAACCCAUUUAGGAUCUCCUCAUCAUGUUCUAGCACCAGUUACUGUUCAUUGUAAUAUGGAAGCAAAUUUUUGUUAA